AUGAACAUUCCUAGCCACUUCAACUCGUACUUACGUGAGUGUGUGCGCCACACACGCACAUGCGUCGUGCUGACCUCCUCGAUGGUCUCGAUCACUGAGCAAAAGUACGAGAUCGGCCACCUAAAGCAACUUCUGGAUGGCAACAAGAUCACAUAUACGGAGGUGGACUGCAGCCUCGAGGAGAACCGCGACACGCGCAACCGCUACUUUGAGGUCAGCGGCAUCCGUGCCAACUACCCACAGGUCUUUCUACAGGACCCUGAGGGCACAGACAUCCACUACAUUGGCUCCUUCAAGGAGAUUCAGGUACGACAGCCGCGCGUGUGCAAUGCUUUCCUCGCCUGGAUGGAUCUGGACUCACCUUUCUGUGUAUGGCUUUCGCUAAAGCAACUAAAUGAGGUGAACGACGUACCGCCCGAGAUCCUCAAGGCCAACAACAUCCCGACGCUCAACAGCGUCUUCGCUGACGUCGCAAGACGAGCUUGA